CCGAACGUGAAACCGCCGCCGAUUUGGCGGUCGUGGGCGGCUGUUGUGUCCCCCUGGCGGCGCGCCUGGAAAGCUGUAGUUGGAUCGCGAGAGUCGGUCGGUGGCGCCGAGUGGUCGGCCAUGGCCAUUGUCGUUGAUAAGCGUGUGGGAUAUGCCACGUGUCGCUCUCGUAUCGCAAUCGUCGUAUCGUAUCGUGUCGAUGUGUUCGGGUUGAAAAUACGACCUAAAGCUAACGUCAUUCGUUUCGUUUCGUAACAUAUGGUGCCGAAACUACCCGGGAUCGGUUGGAAUCGCUCGUGAAAUGGCCGAUCUUGAGAAACUGAAGCGGCGCAAGAUAAGCGCUCAAGGGUGGCUCACUCGAACAGUUGUGAAACUCGAGCAAAGCCUGUCUUUGAAGGAGGUUAAAGUGAUUGACCUCGAAAGUUUGCUCUGUGACUUUGAUAAGCGGCUGAGUGAUUUUGAUGUUGCUGAGGAGCUACUCGAGCAAGAGCUUCCAGAAGAUGGCAUCAUGGAAGCCAUCGAAGCCGCUGGUGAGAUCAGAGACCGUGCUGUGGAUGUGCGAAACAAAGCCCAGCAAACUCUUGGUGUUCUUAAGGUGAAGGAUGGGGCUGAUGACUCGGCUUCUUGUGCCAGUGCGUCUCAGCUUGGAUCAGCUGAUCCUUCCGUCAAGCUCCCAAAGCUUCAGUUGCCCAAGUUUUCUGGCAACGUGCUUGAGUGGCCUCAGUUUUGGGAUGCUUUUUCUGUGACUGUGGAUGCCAGUGACUUACCCGAGGUGACCAAGCUGACAUAUCUCAGAUCCUUGCUGACUGGAGAAGCAGCAAAGAGUGUCGAGGGUCUUGCGUUGUCAAAAGUGAACUACAAGACAACCUGUGAGAUUCUCAAGGACAGGUUUGGCAGAAAGGAGCAGAUUAUAUACAACCAUAUUCAGGCGCUCCUGCAGUCGAGUUGUGAUAAGAAGUCUGAAGGCCUUAAGUCUUUCCAGGAUGAACUCUUAGUUCAUGUCAGGAGUCUGGAGAACUUGGACAUUACUGGUGAGAGGUAUGGCGUCGUGCUGACACCUAUCAUUGUGUCACGCCUGCCUGAAGUGAUUCGGAUGGAAUGGGCCAGGAAGAGUGCUGGUAAGGAAGCUGACUUGGAGUUUCUGUUAGAGUUCUUGAAGGAGGAGAUUCAGUGCCGUGAACGCUCACAGACAUUCAAGUGUGGUGCAAUGGCCAGUGAUUCUGGAAGAGAGACGGAGAAGAAGAGAGAUCAUCAAGCAGGCCGAUUUGCUGGUCAGAGACAGAGAGUGGCUGCAGCGUCAGUGCUUCACACUGCUGCUGCCAGGUCUAACUGUGGGAUUUGCCAUGACUCCCACCCGCCGGCCAAGUGUCCGGAAUUGCUGAAGCUGGCUGUAAGGGACAGGCCAGGGAAGAUAAGAGACUCAGGUUUGUGUUUUCGAUGCCUCAAGGAGGGCCACAGAGGUAACUCGUGCGGUGCGAGGUGUGAUAACUGUCGAGACCCGGCAGUGGUCCGGGUGGAGGCUGCUGAGGUUCCAGUGAUUUGCUCCCCUCUGGCCCGGCCGUCGGUUCCCUCCAGCCUGCUGGCCUUGUUCGGCAACCUGGAGCUGGCUGACCCUCCGGGUGAUGGUGGUGAGCUCACUGUUGACAUCCUCAUCGGCCUUGAUUACUACUGGCAGCUCAUGGGCACUGGGUGUCUGAGAUCUGAUCUGGGUCCUGUAGCGCAGCAGACCGUGUUUGGGUGGAUCAUAUCUGGGCAGUACGAGUGUGCUAACAGUCAGAACUCGAGUGGUACCCAGUUGCUGGUGAUGUCUGAUGUCUCUGAGGAGAGGCUCAGGCAGUUCUGGGAUCUGGAUGCAAUAGGCAUCAAGCCUCUAGAUGAUGACAUAGGCUCUGACCCAGUGUUAAAGGAGUUUGAAUCAUCAGUUUGUUUUAAGGAGGGUAGAUAUGAGGUCAAACUACCAUGGAAGCCUGAUGGGCAGGAUAAGUUGAUGGACAACAGAAAAACAGCAGAGGUUAGACUACGCAGUCUCACUAGGAAGCUAGAGAAAGACCCCCAGUUGCAGUCCGACUAUGACCACGCUCUAGAGGAGCUUGAGGCAGAGGGGAUUAUUACUGAGGUGUCCUGUGAUGCCGACGAUGCUUUCCCUGUGUUCUAUCUGCCUCACCGGCCAGUAGUCCGUCAGUCGAGUGUGACCACUAAGGUGCGUCCUGUGUUUGAUGCCAGCGCAAAGGGUCCGAACUUAGUUAGCCUCAACGAUUGUCUAGAGACUGGACCAUGUCUGCUCCCUGAUUUAGUUCAGGUGCUCUUGCGAUUCAGACGCUGGAAGUUCGCUGUGUCAGCUGAUAUCCGAAAGGCAUUUUUGAUGGUGCAACUCUGUGACAAGGAUCAGGAGGUCCACAGGUUCCUGUGGCAGCAUGGGGACAGGAUCAGAACUAUGAAGUUCUGUCGUGUCACGUUUGGGGUGAACUGUAGCCCGUUUCUUCUCUCAGCUACCAUUCGUCACCACCUCAAGGGGUUUCCUCCUUCCAACACUGUCUCUGAAUUGGAGGAGAACUUGUAUGUCGACGAUUUUCUGAGUGGUGCUGACACUGAGCCUGAGGCUUGCGCUCUGUUCGCUGAGGCUCGUGAUGUGUUGGGCCAAGCAGGGAUGACACUGACGAAACUGAACUCGAACAGCAGGGUAGUGCUGGACAAAGGUCCAGCCUUGUCGAGUCUUGAUGGUGAAAGCCACAAAGUGUUGGGUGUUCAGUGGGAUCCGUCACAGGAUGUGUUGUCGUUUGAGGGUGUGGAUAUCCCAUCAGACAUUGCUGUGACAAAGCGAGUGAUCCUGUCUUUUAUAGCCAGGCUGUUUGACCCACUGGGUCUGCUCACGCCCUACAUCAUGACUGUGAAACGCCUCUUUCAGGAGACGUGGCGUUUGGGACUUGACUGGGAUGACAAUGUGCCUGAACAUGUGAGAGUCAGGUUCCUGAGGUGGCUCGAUGGGCUGAGCUAUGUAAAGAGUAUCAGUGUGCCCCGUUCGUACUGUGUGAAGGGGUGGCAUGAUGUACACGUUGUUGAAGUCCAUGCAUUUGGUGAUGCUUCAGAGGUUGGCUAUGGAGCUGCGGUGUACCUGCGCCUGACACUGAGGGACGGCUCGGUGGUGACACCGCUGGUGAUGUCUCGAGCCAGGGUGGCCCCGCUGAAGCAGGUCAGCUUACCCAGGCUGGAGCUGCUUGCCAGCCUGCUGGCUGCUCGUCUGCUCAGGUUUGUCUGUCGCGCUUUGAAGCUCCCCUCUGAGACUCUGUAUUGGUGCUGGACAGACUCUAUGGUGUCACUCGGCUGGAUCAAAGGUGAUCCAUCCAGGUGGAAGCAGUUUGUGAAGAAUAGAGUGAUUGAGAUUCAGAGUUUGACUGAUCCUGCACAGUGGUCUCAUUGUCCUGGUCAGGACAACCCGGCUGACCUGAUCACGAGGGGUGUGUAUGCUGAGGCACUGACUGACUCACCUUGGUUCUCUGGCCCCGACUGGCUGAGUGACUGUGCUGGUGCUGACUUGUUGAGUUCACCUGAGGUCUUGCUGCCAGAGUCUGAGCUGUUCUCAGCAGCAGAAGGUGAGCCGGCAGCAGCAGCUGUCGAGUCGGCCAGUGCUGACGUGUCGAGUUCUCCGGAGUCAGAGCUGUUCGUGGCAGCUGAGGGUCAGUUGGCAGCAGCAGCGGCCACAUCUGACUGUUCGCAGCCUGUGUUUGAGCACGAGCUGCUCAAACACUGCGGUGUUGACACCCUCCUGACGACCCUGAGGAAUGAGUACUGGAUCGUUGGAGGGAGGAGAGCGGCCAAAAGGGUGAAGCGGGCCUGCACAGCGUGUCAGAGGCAAGAUGCUGCUGCCCUCAACGCGCCAGUGGCGCCUCUACCGGCUCAGCGGGCUAGUAAGGCUCCGCCUUUCUCAGUGACGGGCGUUGAUUUUUGUGGCCCGCUCUUCUGCUUGCCCAAGCAGAAGGUGUAUGUCUGUCUAUUCACAUGCGCUGUAACCAGAGCUAUUCACCUUGAGUUGACGGAUUCCAUGUCCCAGUCAGAUUUUUUGCUGGCGUUCAGAAGGUUCUGUGCCAGACGUGGUACCCCUACGAUGAUGUAUUCGGACAACGCCAAGACGUUUAGAGCCGCGGCUACCAGCCUGUUAGCUGAGCUGGGUCCGGCGGGCCCAGAGUGGAAGUUUAUUGCCCCCCGCGCGGCAUGGUGGGGCGGUCACUGGGAGCGGUUAGUUCGUACUGUUAAGAGCUCCCUGAGAAAGACUCUCGGCAGGAGCGUCCUCUCCAAGGUGGAGCUGGAAACGCUGCUUUUGGAGGUGGAGGCCUGUGUAAAUUCUCGUCCACUAACCUUUGUCAGUGAUGAUGUGGACGGAGCUCGGCCUCUAACCCCGAGUCACUUUCUGUCCGGCAGAGUAGCCGGUGUUCGUGCGUUUGUGGUUGAUGAUUCGGACCAGGUUUCAGCGUCGUCCCUGACGGAGAGGGACGUUGAGCACCAGAACAUGUUGGCGAAGUUCUGGAGUGUGUGGCAGACUGACUACCUCCGCAGCCUGCCGCAUUCGGUUAAGAAGUUUAAGUCUCGUGGGAAGCUCCAGAUAGGUUCCGUUGUUCUCAUUCGGGAGGACAAUGUCCCGAGGCUGCACUGGUUGAUGGGAGUAGUAGAACACCUUCAUCCGGGCAGUGAUGGUGUCGUGAGAGCCGCCGACGUCAGGACGGCUCAGGGCGUUCGUACGCGGCCAGUACAGCGUCUGCAUGACUUGGAAGUCUUGGAUUAGGAGUAGCUCAAGUUCCGAUGUACCGUGCCUUUGAUGAAGCGUUGCGCGCAUUGUCAUCGUUGCGAGUGUUAUUUUAUCGUGUAUAUCGUCGUGUGUUAGUAUUAAGUGAAGUGUCGUAUCUCGUUUGCUGUUAGACCGUUAAUGUAUGUUACCGUUCUAACAGGCGGGGAGUGUUACCGAACGUGAAACCGCCGCCGAUUUGGCGGUCGUGGGCGGCUGUUGUGUCCCCCUGGCGGCGCGCCUGGAAAGCUGUAGUUGGAUCGCGAGAGUCGGUCGGUGGCGCCGAGUGGUCGGCCAUGGCCAUUGUCGUUGAUAAGCGUGUGGGAUAUGCCACGUGUCGCUCUCGUAUCGCAAUCGUCGUAUCGUAUCGUGUCGAUGUGUUCGGGUUGAAAAUACGACCUAAAGCUAACGUCA